AUGGAGCGAACAUCAAGUUUACGGCGGAAGACGAGUGAUGGUGUCCUCGCGAAAGCGUCAAACUUUGGCCAGAUGCUUGAGGAUGUCAGAAAGUUGGCGUUGAGCAAGUCGUUAUGGGACGACGAGAUGCAGAGGGAUUUGCCGAAGAAGUGGGAGAAGCAUGGCGAUAUGAUUGUGUUCCCGCAGAACACGUUCACACAUAUCAAUUGGAGAUAUAUUGGCCGUGAACUCUGGGCAGUUGUCGCUCAAUCUCUCAACGUGGCGCGUGUCGGCAGAAAACGUCAAAUCGACGAUGACCGUACCGCCCAUGUGGAUCUCCUCCACGGAGCAGAUGCAUGGGUUGACUACGUGGAUGAGCGAGGUGUUAAGUUCUGUUACAACGCUACAGUGCGAGUGUUCGACAACUCGAAGAAAGCCGAGAUGAAGAGAAUCUCAAAGUGGGCGUGUCAAGGGCAGACGAUAGUGGAUAUGUACGCGAGUCUCGGGUAUUAUUCCUUGACUUUUCUGGUGUCGUGUGAAGCGAAACAAGUGGUGGCUAUUGAUUGGAACGAUGAGAUUCUAGAAUCUCUCAUCAGAAGUGCUCAAGUCAACCAAGUGGAUGACCGUCUCCUUGUGAUCCAUGGGGACUGUCGAAGGGUCUGUCCAGAUCAGACCGCGGAUCGUGUCUACUUGGGACUACUUCCGUCGUGUAGAGCUCAUUGGUUGGCGGCGUGUAAGGCGUUGAAACCGGAUGGAGGUAUCAUUCAUAUUAAUGAGAUACUGGAUAUGAAUGCGGUGAAGAAGGAGAAGGCGGCGGAUACGGUAGCGGUGAUUGAGAAGGUGGAGAAAGUGGAGAAGAAAAAGAAACCCGUGGAGAAAUCGGAUAAGGAGAAUGUGCCGAAGAAGAAGAAGGUGUUGAGACAGAAAACCCUCCCAGUCCUCUCCGCCGUGCAUGAAGACUCCAAACCUGACGCAGAAUCAACAUCAACACCCAGUGACUCCACCAUCCCAGACCAACCCCCUGCUGCUCCAGAAUCCACAGAAUCCACAGAAUCCAACGGUGUCAGUGAAGAAGGUGUCGAGAAGAAGAAAAAGUUCACACGAUCCGCUUCGAUUGUGGAGGAAAUGGAGAAUCGUGUGCUUCCGGAUGUGAGAGUUUGGAAGGAGUACGAGAAUGAGGGGUGGAGUCGAUUGGGUGAUCGGCAUAAAGAGUUUGCAAUGGAUUGUGCGCAGAGCUGCACCCGCUUCCUGAACAACAUUCAUCUAUCAGAUUGUUUGUACUCGGUGACAGUUGUCAAUAUGGUUCGAUACGGUGAGGUGUCAAAAGGCAAAGAACACGUCGUUCUAGAACUGCUGUGUUGUCAACAAGACGCGUCAGCGGAACAUUUGAUUUCAAAGUUUAAUUCCGAGAAUUUGAAAUCAUGA